GCAGUUUGAGCGAGUGGCACCUACUCGGCGGCACCUACGCCAGCUCCAGACCCAGGAGGUUGCGCCCAGCGGCGUAGGGCGGUUUCCCGGAAGGUCAAGUGCUCUGGAUCCCGCGGGCGCUGCUCUUGUCUGGUGGACGCGGAUUUUUAAUAAUUAAGGAAUCAUGGAAGCUGAUAAAGACAACAACAAACAACUUUCUAAGGAACAUUGGACAGAUGAAGAACUGAAGAAAGAUGAACAAAAGCAGGGAGUAAUUGAUGAAAUCACAAAGGAAAAUAUCCAUUUAAAGGAGGAGAUUCAAAAGCUUGAAGCUGAGUUACAAGAGGCUGUGAAAGACUUCCAGAUUGAAGAGGAUAUUUCUGAAACAAAGAUGAAAUUCACAUCACUAGAGACUCCUGAGAAUGCUAGCCAGUUUUCAAAUAUUUCUUGUUCAUUUCAAGUGAAAUCACACGUGCCUUAUGAGAUACAAAAAGGACAAGCACUGAUUACCUUUGAAGAAGAAGAAGUUGCACAAAAUGUGAUAAGAAUGGGGAAACAUCGUGUGAAGAUAGAGGAUUUGAGUGUGGAGGUGACGGCCAAUCCAGUUCCACUGAACACAGGAGUCAGAUUCCAGGUUCAUGUAGAAGUUUCUAAAAUGAAGAUCAGUGUUACUGAAAUUCCUGAUGAAUUGCCUGAAGAUCAGAUGAGAGACAAGCUAGAGCUGAGCUUUUGCAAAUCCAGACAUGGAGGUGGAGAGGUGGAAAGCGUGAACUAUGACAAGCAAUCCGGAAGUGCCGUGGUCACAUUUGUGGAAGCUGGAGUUGUUGACAAGAUAUUGAAAAAGAAAGAAUAUCCUCUUUACAUAAAUCAAAGCUGCCAUAGAGUUGCUGUUUCUCCAUACAUAGAAAGACACUUGAAAAAGUAUCAGAUAUUUUCAGGCUUAUCUAAGAGGACAGUGCUUCUGACGGGAAUGGAGAACAUUCAGAUGGAAGAAGAAACUGUGGAGGAUUUCAUUGGCAUUCACUUUCAACGGAAGCACAAUGGAGGUGGAGAAGUAGAUGUGGUCAAGUGUUCUUUAAGUCAACCUUACACUGCAUAUUUUGAAGAAUAAACUGAUGUAGUCAUAUGAAAAUUAUAACUUUCAGUUCAAAUCACUGUAAACAUUUGGCAAAAGUGAAUAUCCUUUCCUUUAAAAAAUGAAAAUUUUAAUUCUUUAGUAUCCAUUUAUUUCUAGAUACAAAAUAUACUUACAAGUUUUUGAAUUCAUCUUUGUUUCGAACUUGGCUGCACACUUAUAAAUGUGUAAAUGCACUGUGUUAAAAACAGUUUUAUUCAUAAGUUAUGUGGGUGAGUUCCAUGUCUGUUGAAAUUGACCUUAAGCGAUCCAGAUGUUCCCCUGCCCAAGUUGGCUCAGCGUGUGGUGAUCAUGUGGGCCAAUUCCAUUUUGGUCCCAUACCCACCAACAUGUAGACUUGAUACUUAGUAUUGUCCAAAGGAAAAGCAGUUACAUUUAAUAGUUUGGGAUUUCUGUAGAAGACUCUACCAAAGAUUCAGGGAACUUCAAGAGUGAAGGAAUGCAGUUAUACUGGGCAGUGUGUGAUUUCUGUAGACUACUAAAGAUUCAAGGGACUUCAGGAGUGAUCAUGCCCUACUUUGCAUAGCAAUUCACUCCACAGAUCCAAGGUUCUCAGAACUAAGUGUAAUCUUGUCUUGAACUUUCCUUCACUCAGCAUGCCAACUGUCCCCUGACUCCUUCCAAUCCCUCCCCUCUUCAAAGAGAGCUUGUAAAGACUAGCAUUUUCUUUCUUUAACACUAAUAGUGGAAAGAAUCAGUCUAAAAGAUUGAAAACCUUGGAACACAGUGAAAUCUAAAUGGAAAGCUAGGGGCUCAUUACUUCUGGAGCUAGAUGCUGAGAAUUCCUGAAGGCAGCACAUGGUUCCUGUCCUCUUUGGUUUAAGGGUUAGUUGGAAAGUGACCCAGUUUAUUAUCAUUUCACUGUUUUAAUUUGUGGAAACUUUUUAAGGAUAAAUUUAAAAGUUCCUAUUCACAGAAGGUAAAGUUCUUUUUGGUGAAGAACAUUUAUUUUGACACAGUACGUUUCAUGAAGAAUUGGAAGCCGAAUUAAAUUCAUACUUACAGCAGAAAUUAAUGCUUUUAGAAGUUUCUAAACCUAUCCAAUGGAUGCUACCACCUAAAAUUAAAAGGGAAAAGUUUAGUUUUUCCUUUUGAUAUUUUACUUUUCAUUUUUAAAGUUACUGUCAGAAGUGCUCAUUAUUCUCAUAUUUUUGUUAGGAAUGAAGAUGGUAUCUAAAAAUGGUUGAAUUUAUAAUAAAUCUUUAUAUUUACCAUU